AUGAUGAUAUACGGUCAAGAGAAAUUUGAGCUGGUGGACUUGGUCCCAGGGAGAUUGCUCGCUCCGUGGAUCAGAGUAUUCUAUGAUGUCUUCGGAGAAUUGCAUCCGGUUGUCCCACUAAGCUUGGCGAACGAAAUUGAAAGCUUUGAAAUAGAUAAGCGAAUAACAACCAAACGCCUGUAUAACUACGUGCUUGGUCUAUUGGUGGCGGCGUUUCUGAUGGCGAAAUUGGGUCAUUUUGUAAUUGAUGCCCAUGAUGAAGCUGGCGGGGUACCUGAAUAUGCCAUACCUCACCCCUACUCAGGCAAUAUGCAAAUGAUGAGCCAACCUAUUCAGGCCGUUGCCAAUAAUAACCUCGAGUACCUCAUGGCGGAUUACAUGGAGCCACUUACAUUCGAAGCAUACAUUGACACAGUUUCUAGUCCGUUAGUACCUCCAUUGGUGGUACCACCGCUUCAUGGAUUGACACCUGAAUUUCUUGUAUCUAAAGCACAGAAGUUACAGGCUGUGAAUUAUCAUCACACGAGAGUGAAUGGAGCAAUUGUUCUAGCAGCGUACUUUUUAUGGGAAUACGCGGUGUCAAAAAUGGGUACAGCAGCUCUGAUAAAAGCUGCUGCUGAUCAUUUAAUCUCCCAAGCACUGAAGUAUCCCUGGCGGCGGAAGAACACCGCUUAUAAUGAACCGUACCUGGAAGUACAAAGACUUUAUGACUUGGUAAAGCUGGCAGAAAGAGUCACCAGAAUUUUACUUGGACGACACAGUGUGGCAGAAUUGAAUGGCUUAAUAUCUCCUCCUCCAAACAAGUACUGCCACCAGUACGCUGCGUUUGCCCUGAUUGUGCAGAUUGUCAGCAUCAGUGAACUGUUUCUCACUCAACCGAUGUUGCUAACAAUAACCGAGGUCGAUUCCAUAAUUUGCGAUCGGGGCCUGGCGUCACUGAUCCUCCUUGUAAUGACAUGGAAAUUCGCAAUCAAGGUAUUUGCCCUGGUAGAGCUGGAAGCUCACCCGUAUCAAGCGUUCCAAGCGACUUGUGAAUUUAUUGAUGCGUUAAGUCAUAUGCUGGAGAAUUUUAUUUUAAUUUACUGUCGGGUAUUGCUUCCCACGUUGAGGAGGGCACUCAUAGUACUACCACCUGGACCGGCUCAAAGAGCAGUUCUUCUGGUAAUCAAGAGUCUCUGCUAUCAUGGAAGAAUUGCUUUUGGUCCCACAAAUCAUUUAUUCUAUGAUCCUCUGCCAGGGAUUUGGGCAAUAAAUCCCACGCUCGACUUUAUACGGAGCUCCAUACUAUAA